AUGAGCGGAGGAACCCCUUCACCCACGGAUUAUCACCAUCAUCAUCCGCAUCAUCAUCAUUAUGCCCAGUACGAUCCGAACCCACAUCGUCACGUUAAGCGCAAAGGAACCGCAAAUAAAAAAGAACGAAGACGGACACUAAGUAUAAACAGUGCGUUUUCAAAUUUAAGAGGAUGUAUUCCGAAUGUUCCCACGGACACAAAACUAUCCAAAAUAAAAACUUUGCGGUUAGCCACAAGUUAUAUUACAUAUCUUAUGGACGUUCUGUCAAAAGAUGACCCAACUCUAACUCAAGCAGGAUUUAAAGCUGAUCUCUCCAAAAAAUCUUCUUCGCACUCUCAUAAUGCAGUGAAUAGUUUAACAGAUAAACAUAUUAAGAAAGAGUCGGUGAACGAAAAGAAAAAUAAUAUAAAUGGGCGAACGGGUUGGCCGCAACAUGUUUGGGCCUCGGAGUUAAAACAAUGA